AUGCCAGUGGCCGAUACUACAGUUUCUCCGGAGGGACAUGAGUGCCAGAUAUCAGACGGGGCUUCGUACCGGGGAAAAGUCGCUGUGACAAAAUCAGGCCGGACGUGUCAACGUUGGGACCAGCAGACACCCCAUGAGCACAGCCGGACGGCUGCCAACUAUCCGUCAUCCGGACUGGAGGAGAAUUUCUGCCGGAAUCCGGACGGUACUUCCGGAGUUUGGUGCUACACCACGGAUCCUAACAAGAGAUGGGAACUGUGUGACGUGGCAGUAUGUGGAUCAUUGUCUGGGAAUCCUACAACCCAACAGCCUGUUUCCACGGAAGUAAAAACCACAACAGGAUGCCCAAUACCAGGCUACAUCCCAUUGAACGGAGCCUGCUACAAGAAAUUUGCAGAACCAAAAACGUACGCUGAAGCUCGCGAGAGGUGUGCCGCAGACGGUGGGCUGAUAGCCAUGCCACGAGACAGAGCAACCAACCGAUUCAUCACCAAUUUGCAUCCCGGAGUCAUGAGCUGGAUUGGGUUGACCAACAUCAACAGCGAAGGCCAGUGGGUGUUCGAGGACGGCCAAACCCUGGAGUCAUCCGACUAUUCCAACUGGUUCCACACGGAACCGAAUGAUGCUGAUGGGAACGAAGAUUGUGCCCAAGUGAGGGCCAGGGGGUUCUGGAAUGAUGUACGCUGCAGCACCACCAUUGGAUUCACCUGCCAGAUAGGACAUGGAAAAUCUGUGAAAGAAUUCUACCAAGGCUGCUACAAGGAUGGGGAAAGGCGGAGGCUUCCUCAUGCAUUUCUGGUACGCGCUGACAUGACUGCAGAUGUCUGUGUUCAACAUUGUCGUCAAAAAGGAUACACGUAUGCAGGAACUCAGUAUUACAAGGAGUGUUGGUGCGGAUCGGAGCUACCAACGCGUGGGCCACGAGAAGACAGUGAGUGUGCCACCCCUUGUGGAGGAAACCAGAAGGAAAUGUGCGGAGGCGAAUGGAGAUUAUCUGUUUACAAAGCGAUGCCAGUAGCCGAUAUUACCACAGUUUCUCCGGAGGAACAUGAGUGCCAGAUAUCAGACGGGGCUUUGUACCGUGGAAACGUCGCUGUGACAAAAUCAGGCCGGACGUGUCAACGUUGGGACCAGCAGACACCCCAUGAGCACAGCCGGACGGCUGCCAACUAUCCGUCAUCCGGACUGGAGGAGAAUUUCUGCCGGAAUCCGGACGGUACUUCCGGAGUUUGGUGCUACACCACGGAUCCUAACAAGAGAUGGGAACUGUGUGACGUGGCAGUAUGUGGUACGUACAGCGGACAUGCAACAAUAGAGCAAAACUACGGUCGUUUUUUUGGCGACGCCUCAAGGGGCGGAGCCGUUGGUAUAGUACUGCGAUUGAGUUUGAAAAUAUUCUAAGAAUUCCACCAAUGU